AUGGCUGUACGCAUGGCUAUAGCGGCCGCUGGCCUGUUGCUGGGAUCAGUGCAGGCUAUUACGGUUGAGGGAAUGCUGGCUGCGCCGCGACGAAGUACCGCGAACGUCAACCCUAGCGGAGAAUUGGCUCUCUUUACCUCAGCCACCUACAAUUGGACCACUCAUAAGUCUUCGACCACAUGGCAGAUUCUGGACAUCGCAACCGGCAAUAUCACCGAAGCGCCAUUCGACUCCGAUGUCUCAGAAGUGGUGUGGGUAGGCGCGACAAACACUAGCAUCCUUUACAUCAACGAGACAAACGACGAAAUCCCCGGAGGCGUGACGCUAUACACUGCUGAUCUUGGAGAGGACGCAUUUGCGCCAACCCUUGUCGCGUCGUUGAACGCGCCAUUCCAAGGUCUCAAAGCUGUGCAGACCGAAUCCGGCUCCAUCAAUUUCGUAGCCAAUACGCUUGCUUCCUGGAACAAUGGAUCAGCGUACAAUCCGGAGCUGGCCAGCACGCCCCUGAGCUCCGGCCAACUGUACGAUUCGAACUACGUCCGCCAUUGGGACGUCUAUCUCACCGCUGAGCGAUACGCAGUCUUUAGCGGUGUGCUUGCCUCCGGAUACGAAGGAUUUACCUUUGACGGCGAGAUGAAGAAUCUCCUCUGGGGCAUCAAUGCGUCGAUUACGCGCCCUGAAACUCCUGUCCAACCGUUCGGCGAUCAAGGCGACUACGACCUCUCCCCGGAUGGAGGCAUGGUCGCAUUCCUCACUAAAGCUCCAGAACUCCCGAAAGCGAAUUAUACAGCCAGCUACAUCUACAUCGUCCCACACGACGGCUCCGAAGCACCUGUUCCCAUCAACGGGCCCGGUACCAGCGCGCCCAAGCAGGCACAAGGCGCAUCUGAGUCUCCUAGGUGGUCUCCAGACGGGACGAAGCUCGCCUACGCUCAGCAGGACGGUAUUUUUUACGAGUCGGAUAGGUUCAAGCUCUACGUCGCCAGCAUCGACGGCAUGAACGCCAAGAUCGCCGCUGUCGCCGAAAAUUGGGACUCCAGCCCUUCCGGUCUUCAAUGGAGCCCCGACGGCGCAGAUCUGUGGGUGACCUCCGAACUCCACGCAUCCACCCGCCUGUUCAUCGUCCCGCGCGACGCCGACGCUUCCUUCGUCCCCACCAACAUCACCGGCCCCGACACCACCCUGUCAGAUUUCGCCAUUCUGCCUUCCGGCUCUGCCCUCGUCUCCGCAGCAUCGAGCUGGUCGAGCCGCAUCUUCUACACCCAAUCCCCCGGUGCACUCAACAAGACCAUCCUCUUCACAGCCAACGAAGCCGACCCCGAACUCGCAGGUCUCAAGCCCGACUCCGUCUCCAACUUCUGGUACGAAGGCGGCGACGGCGACAUGGUCCAAUGCUUCGUGUUCUACCCCACAGACUUCGACCCCUCGAAGAAGUACCCGCUGGCAUUCCUCGUGCACGGCGGACCUCAGAGUACCAUGGGCGACGCGUGGAGUACGCGGUGGAACUUGCGACUCUGGGCGGACCAGGGCUUUAUAGUGACGAGCCCGCAGUUCACCGGGUCCCCGAGCUACUCGCAGGCGUUCACCGAUAAGAUACAGAAUAAUUGGGCGGGCACGCCGUAUCGCGAUCUGGAGAAGCUGUUCGCGUACCUCGAGGCGAACGUGAGUUAUAUCGACACGGAUCGGGCUAUCGCCGCGGGAGCUAGUUUCGGCGCUUUCAUGAUGAACUGGAUCCAAGGGCACCCGCUCGGCCGCAAAUUCCGCGCCCUCGUCGCCCACGACGGCAAAGUCAACCAGUUCGGCGCCUACGCCACCGACGAACUGUGGUUCAUCCAGCACGACCAGAACGGCACCAUCUGGAACGACCGCGAGAACUACGCCAUCUGGGACCCGCUCACGCACGCGCGCAACUUCAGCACGCCGCAGUUCAUCGUGCACAAUGACCUCGACUACCGCGUCGUGACCUCCGAGGGCGUCCUGCUGUUCAACGUGCUGCAGAGCCUCGGCGUGCCGUCGCGCUUUUUGCAUUUCCCCGACGAGGGGCACUGGGUGAAUAAUAGGGAGAAUAGUCUGCUGUGGCACAGGAAUAUUUUUAAUUGGAUUAGAUAUUGGGUCGGGUUGGAUGAGGAGUUGUUGAGUGAAGGGGUUAUACGGCAGUGA